UUUUUUGGUGUAAAUCUAGACAGUAAUACCUCGCCAAUAAUUCACGGUGCCUCGUAAAAAGUCGACACUAAAGCGCCCCGGGCCUACAAAUCACCGGCGGCCAAAUUAUGAGUUCGCUCGACUUCGCCAACGCGCUGUUUUCUAAAUACCAACAAGCCGCUGCGAGCUGCUCCGCUCUGCUCUUCACAGACUCUCCAACUUCUCCCUUCCAGUCUUCUUCUUCCUCUCUUGCUCCUGACGUGUCUUCUUCGUGCGCCCUCGUGUCCAGCGGAUAUCACCUCCAUGUCUCCAGUGGGAGAGGCAGCGGAGGGCUCCCUUUCCCUCCCUCUUCUUCUCCUUCCUCCUCCUCCUUUCCCUCCACCUCUUCUUCCUCCUCGUUCUGUUUGUCUCUUUCGGGAUUGAACCGGAGCAGCGGGAGUACUCAGCCCAGCGCGCAUCCUUUCAACCCUGCCGAAGUGCUCACAAGAGGGGCAUACAGCGCGCCGGGAGCCGGGCAGCUGUGCUCCUCUUUGCAGGGAUGCGCCGCGGAGCCGUUCCCCGGUCGGCCUCAGCUGUGCUCACUGACCGACAGGUUCCCUGAGCCGGCCUGCAGGAGGCAGAGUAGCCCGGAGCAGCAGCAGCGGCAGUUAAACGAGAAAGGGCUGAGGAUUUACCCCUGGAUGAGAAGCACAGGUGCCGACAGAAAGCGCGGGCGGCAGACGUACACGCGCCACCAGACCCUCGAGCUGGAGAAGGAGUUCCACUUCAACCGGUACCUCACGCGGCGGCGGCGGAUCGAGAUCGCGCACGCGCUCUGCCUCACCGAGCGGCAGAUCAAGAUCUGGUUUCAGAACCGGAGGAUGAAAUGGAAGAAGGAGAACAAGGUUGCCGGGAGCGGCUCCCCAACUGCAGCUUUACCGACCGCUGAAGGAGAAGAGGAGGAUGAUGAUGAUGAUGAGGAGGAGUAAUAAUAAUGACUCUAACGGACACAAACAGGUGAUUUUUGAGCUCUUAAGUAAAGUGACCUUUGCUCUGCAGUCAGUUAUAUUAUAUUAUAUUAUAUUAUAUUAUAUUAUAUAAGCAUCAUCUCUAGAUAAUACAAGGUGGUAAAACAACAUCCACAUUUAGAACAUAACCAGGAUGUUUUUUUGCUCCUCCUGUCUCUUAGUCCUGUCCUAAAAGUGCAGAAAUGACCGCAGGGACAAGAAAACCUUGUGUUCUAUUGAGGGCUGGACAUUUAUAUAGACUCAUUGAUGUUAUAUCUGCAGCAGAAAGGGAGAUGCACUCACUGAAACAGCAGCACCAGUGAUUUCUGUGAAUACAAAAAGGUUAUUGGUAGUGUUCAUUAUACCUACUGUGCAAGGUAAGCCACACAGGGGUGAAAUAGAUUGUUAGCUUUGUGUUAUGCUAUUAGAAUAUUAGACGCUAUGAGGUUAU